AUGCCUGGUGGUAGGAAAGGACUUGUAGCUCCUCAAAAUACAUUUUUAGAAAAUAUUAUACGAAGAUCAAGUUCUCAGCCGGAUAGCAGUUUCCUUCUAGCCAAUGCCCAAAUAGUAGAUUUUCCAAUUGUUUACUGCAACGAAUCAUUUUGUAAAAUUUCCGGAUAUAACAGAGCUGAGGUUAUGCAGAAAUCCUGUAGGUGCACUUUCAUGUAUGGAGAGCUGACGGAUAAGGAAACAAUUUCAAGAAUAGACGAAUGUUUGGAAAGUCAACUUCACGAUCAAUUUGAAAUAUUGCUUUAUAAAAAAAACAAAACACCAUUAUGGCUUUUACUUCAAAUAGCACCAAUAAAAAACGAAAGAGAUUUGGUUGUUUUGUUUUUAUUAACGUUCAGAGAUAUAACAGCAUUAAAACAACCAAUAGAAACAGAAGAUACAAAAGGAGGUUUAAGCAAAUUUGCCAAACUUGCUCGUUCGGUUACAAGAAGCAGAUCGGUAUUAGUUUCACAAUUUUCUUCUCAUCUUCCCAAUUUAAAAGAUACAAACAAACAAUCUCAUUUGGCUCACAUGAUGAGUCUAAAUGCAGAUGUUAUGCCACAAUAUCGUCAAGAAGCACCAAAAACUCCUCCACAUAUUCUUCUUCAUUAUUGUGCGUUUAAAGCUAUUUGGGACUGGAUUAUAUUGUGCCUCACUUUUUACACGGCUAUUAUGGUACCUUAUAAUGUCGCUUUCAAGAAUAAAACUUCUGAAGAUGUUUCACUUUUAGUCAUUGAUUCCAUUGUCGAUGUUAUAUUUUUUAUCGAUAUAGUUUUAAAUUUUCACACGACAUUUGUAGGCCCCGGUGGCGAAGUCGUUUCCGAUCCAAAAGUUAUUAGAACUAAUUAUUUUAAAAGUUGGUUUAUAAUUGAUCUCCUCAGUUGUUUACCUUAUGAUGUUUUUAAUGCUUUCGAUCAUGACGAAGACGGAAUCGGAUCUCUAUUUAGUGCUCUCAAAGUGGUCAGGCUUCUUAGAUUGGGUCGAGUCGUUAGAAAAUUAGACAGAUACCUUGAAUACGGAGCAGCCAUGUUAAUUUUACUUUUAUGCUUUUAUAUGCUAGUUGCUCAUUGGUUGGCUUGCAUUUGGUAUUCAAUAGGAAAAUCUGAUACCGAUAACGGUGUUCAAUACACGUGGUUGUGGAAAUUGGCAAACGUUACACAAACACCCUACACAUAUAUUUGGUCGAACAAAUCAGGGACCCCCGAAUUGAUCGAUGGUCCCAGUAAGAAAACGACAUACGUGACUGCUCUUUAUUUUACUAUGACUUGCAUGACGAGCGUCGGAUUUGGAAAUGUUGCUGCCGAAACAGACAACGAAAAAAUCUUUACAAUUUGCAUGAUGAUAAUUGCCGCCCUUUUAUAUGCCACCAUUUUUGGUCAUGUGACGACCAUAAUUCAACAAAUGACUUCGGCUACGGCUAAAUAUCACGAUAUGCUAAACAACGUACGAGAAUUUAUGAAAUUGAACGAAGUACCCAAAGCUUUAUCUGAAAGAGUUAUGGAUUAUGUAGUUUCUACGUGGGCCAUGACCAAAGGCUUGGACACCGACAAAGUUUUAAAUUACUGUCCGAAAGACAUGAAGGCCGACAUAUGCGUACAUUUAAACAGAAAAGUAUUUAAUGAACAUCCCGCGUUUAGGCUCGCCUCUGAUGGUUGCCUACGCGCGUUAGCAAUGCAUUUUUAUAUGAGUCAUUCGGCUCCUGGUGAUCUCUUAUACCAUACGGGGGAAAGUAUUGACAGUUUAUGCUUUAUUGUAACCGGAAGUCUAGAAGUCAUUCAAGAUGAUGAAGUUGUCGCCAUUCUCGGUAAAGGAGAUGUUUUUGGUGAUUCUUUUUGGAAAGAUAAUGCUAUCGGACAAUCAGCUGCCAACGUUCGGGCUCUUACGUAUUGUGAUCUACAUUUAAUAAAAAGGGAUAAACUAUUGGAAGUAUUAGAUUUUUAUCAAGCGUUCGCCAAUUCAUUUGCUAGAAAUUUAAUUUUAACUUACAAUUUAAGGCACAGGCUGAUUUUUAGAAAAGUAGCUGACGUAAGAAGAGAAAAAGAAUUAGCAGAAAGACGGAAAAACGAACCACAAUUGGAUCAAAAUCAGGAUCAUUUAGUUCGUAAAAUAUUUUCUAAAUUUCGUCGGGACAGGUCACAAAGUCAAGCGACACCCGUACAAAAUGGACUUGCACAGACCAGUAACGAUUUGGAAAAAGGAAGCGAAAAAAGCGACAGCGAAAAAAAUUAUUCACCCGAAGGUAAUUGUAAAGUGAUUCGGGUUUUGUCAUCCAAUAAAUUGACUUCUGUCAUCGAAAAAGAUGAUUCUAGCGUUGGUUCUGGAAGUUCGGGAUCUACACUCGCUCCCAUAUCUUAUGUAAAAACUCGUCCGACCAACGUAGGAAACAGUAAAUGGGGCCGAUUGUUGGGUGGGAAAAGUCUGGAUUUGGGUACUGAAGUUAAUACUUCAAAUAGAUCGACUUUAAUGAGAGCCGUGUCAAUCGGAAACGGUAAAGAAAGUAGUAAUAAUUUAUCAACGAACUCAGUUUGUGGUAACGGAAAUGUUUCGUCUGGAAGCGGUAAUAAAGUAUUUCCCAGACUUCAAAAAGUUGCAUCCGUGGGUAGUACUGGAGGAAGUGCCGUCAUUAUGCGUCAAGACACCAUCGAGGAACUGGUAGAAGUAGAAGAUAAUAAAGUAUUAACAUUACGACCUGGAUCUGUUGUUUCCUUAGCACCCAAAAUUGUAAAAUCUGAUGUGAGAUCAACGCCCGACAUAAAAAGAGUCAAAUCGUUCGAUAACGGAUCAAUAACAAGCACCGAAAAAGAAAAUGUAUGCGUUGAAAAUGAUCAGCCACCAACAGCAAGCACAACAACAUCAUCAACAACAGCAACAACAACGAAUAUAUCAGCUCUUCCGUCUCAAAUUGUAUUCCCAAAUGCAGAAUACAAAGAAAUAAUGUCCAAUAUAAUGAACUUUAAAGUAGAUGUGAAAUUGGAAGUGCAAAGACUUAAUCAAAAAAUAGGACGUUUAGAAGAUUUAAUAAGUGAUUUGGUAUUAAAAUUAAGUGAUGAAAACACCGUAAGAGAAAUAAAAGAACGUAAAACCGAAUCAGACGGUAACGAAGUUUAUAAUAGCAAUGGAGAACAACAGCAGAAAACAUUUGGCGGGGUAUUGUUAAAACCUUCGUGUAUGGGCGAAACAAGUUCUAUGUCGGCUGGAAAAUCAGACAGAGCCUCGGUAACAAGAUGUUCAGAGUCUACCGUUCCGACAUCUUUAAUUUUAAAGAAAAAAAAAUGUAAACUGAGACUCAAAUCUACAGCUCCAACAGUACCGAUGUUAUCACCCACGACUCCUGAUAAUCCAACAACAUCAUCACCGGAAGGAAAUAGAUCGGAUGCGGAAGAUAAAAAAAAUUCAUUUGAAUUGGAAAGUAAAUAA